UUUACUCAUUAGUUUUCAUUAGUUAUCAUAUCAUAAAACAUAAAAAUAUAUAUAUAUAUUAAUGAUCAAACAUGUUGCCAGAAAAUUUGGUUCAACAAUUCAAUGAUCUUGGUUUUGAAAUUCAUUAUUUUAAGAUCAGUUGGUAUAAUGAUGCUGUUGCUUCCGAAUAUUUUCUUCCAUAUCCUGAUGAUGCAUUAGCAUUUGUUGUUCUAUCAAAUCCAUCAUGGUUUGAAAAAUCAUUUUUGCCAUUUUUGGCCAACAAUUUGGAUCCAUCCAUGAUGGAUAAAAAUGAUGAUCUACCUGAAAAUCAUAGCUGUCUUACAAUGAAUUGUCGUGAUCCAAUUGAUCAAUGUAUGAGACAUCAUUUUGAUAUAUUAGCCAAGGAAAUAUCAUCGACCUUGAAUACCGAAGUGGAUAAGAUUCAUGAUUUUGAAUUACUAAUGCCAUAUCGUCGUCCACGUGUACUUUUACAGACUGCUGCUCAUGUUUCCGGUGCAGCUUAUUAUUAUCGAUUGCCAAGACGUGAUAAAAACGUACAUAAACUUGGCCUUUGUAUACAUCCAGAAUAUGGUGGUUGGUUCGGUCUACGAGGUGUAUUUGUUUUUAAACAAAUAUUGGUACCGAAUUUGGAACGAAAACCGCCAGCAAACGUCAUACCUGACAUUAUGCAACAGGAAGCAUUACUCAAACUAUUCAAUGAACGUUGGCGUGAUGGUAGUUAUAGAGAUUUUAUACCGGUAAAAUCUCGUUAUAGUGACUUACAAUUCAAAUAUUUCAGUUUGGAACCACGUCAACGUUUUGAAUUUAUUCGUAAAGAAAUUUAUCCAAAAUUGAAUGAAUUAAUAUCAUCGCCAUCAUCAUCAAAUGAAUUGAAAAAUUGUGAAAAAUCCAAUGGCCAUCAUUGAAUUGAGUUUUUUUUGUAUUGCAACAACAACAUAUGUGUGAAAAAUGAGCCAAAAAUUCUUGAUGUAUCUCUUAAAUAAAAUAAAAAAAAAUACUCAUAAAUUACACGUAGAAUAUAUAUACUGCAUGUGAAUCCAAAGAAGAAUUAGAACCGAAAGCAACAACAACAACAAAAAAAAUCCACUUAUCUUGAUCAUCGAUUCAAAAGAAUGUUUGUUGUGGGUUAUUGACGUCAUUUGAUGAUAACUAUGUACAUGUGCGUAGGCUUUCGAUGGUUUUUUUUUCUUUGAAAAAUGAUUUAGAUAUCGAUCGAUUGAUCGAAAUAGAUUCAAUUCGAAUAUAUUGACAUAGACAACAACAACAACAACAACAACAACAGCACAAUAAAAUAAAAACGGAAAAUUUUUUUAUAAAAA